CCUGCGUAUUUGACACGUGCAGAACAGUGUCAUUUUGUCCUCGAGUUCUCGCCUCUUUUUCCUUCUGACAAUUCGCCUUCUCCAUUGAAAAUUUCCUCUCAAUUUAACACGAAACUCUAAUAUUCCAAUUCAAAAUGCUCCUGAAAAGUAAAUUCUCCAACAUUUAAACGAUAAUUUCCCUCAAUACGGUAUCCAAAUCAUAGGAAUUUAGGGUAUUGUAAUGGAUAAGAAGAGGGAUGAAUUAUCUUUGACAAUUUACAAACCCUUGAAUUUCACGGGGGGUUGUUUGGAAAUUCGGUUAUUCUAUGUGCGAAUCGCGCCGUGCGCUGUGGAUUCCGUCCCUGACCACCUAACGCUCCGCCACCUCCGCCGUGAGAUCGGCGUUUUGUUGGAGAUUAAUGGCGCCCGCGUGCCGUCCUCGGACACCGCUUCGAUUGCCCUCCGGCGGGAUCGUGUGGAUAAGGACUCUUCAGAGGUUACAUACGUCAGCACCGAUAGUGUCCGGUUGUCGGGUCCGACGGAAUUUGAAGUAUGUGAAAACGUGGAGGAGUUGAUCCUGUGCGGCUCUCUGGAGCGGGUUGAUGCUGCCGCAUGGGGUAAUGGGAGUGCUCCGGAAAAUGACUCGAGGACUGGUUGGAGCAUCGAUUGCUAUGCGGCGACCUCCAUGGCAAAUGGUCGUUCGCGUUCAGCAUUUUUUCAGCCUAAACUUGGAGUUUCUUCUCCAUCUUUGGAGGUUUAUGUAGCAGGUUGUUGCUCGGGAAUGCCUGUUAUAUUAACAAAGAUGAUUCUGAUCAGUCCAAAGCGAAAGAUUUCGAGGCAGGGGAUGCUUGAUGCCAUUCCUGAGGACGAGGAUAUGGGGAAAGAGCAAAGGAAUGUAAAUAACGGAUUUCUUUGGCAUCGGAAACCACAGUAUACAGAUGCAGACAUGGAUGCGUAUGAAAUGGAUGGGAAAGCUGAAUGCAGCUAUUACUCGGAAGACAUGUACCAUGGUGAAGAUGGGCAACUUACAUGGUUCAAUGCUGGUGUAAGGGUUGGUGUAGGAAUAGGCCUUGGAAUGUGCCUUGGUGUGGGAAUUGGUGUUGGCCUGCUCAUGCGUUCAUAUCAAGCUACCACUAGGAAUUUAAGGAGGCGGUUCUUUUAGUUCUCAUAUUUGCAAUGAUAUGGCUAAAUGACUGAAAUGGAAUUAUGUUUUUUCCUUCGGGAAUAAGAGUGGAGUAUAACCAUUCGAGAUUGCAACUGAGGAAGCAGGAAGCACAUAAUGCAGCUAGUUAAUUGCGAUAGACCAGGUAGGCGCAGAUUGCAUUGUCUGAUUCUUGAGUUUGGGCCUGAUAACAUGUUCUUAAGUGAGGGCUUCGGCUUUUGGCCAAUCGUGUCACAAGGGAAUGCUACAUCUUGUAUGAAUCUUUAUGUAGUCCUUAGCUAUACGUAUAUAUUUCUUUGUAUGAAGUAAUCGGGAGGUUAUUUCUGGCGAGUAAACUGAGCUUUUGUACUUUUUUCAUGUUUUUUAUUCGAAUUUAAUUGUUGAAAAAUGUAGUUUGGGCGGAUCACGUGAAAUGCAGCUACUGGAGUCAAUAACUCAACGGAAGAUAGUUUGAGAAACUGAGAUUUUGUCUAGUUCCUCGUCAA